AUGGCUGAUGAGCCUCGACGAUCGGGACGAGCCACGAAAGGGCAACACAAAAACCUCGACCUAGUCCAAGAUAUGCCUUCGAAGAAGUCGAGGACAAAGGGCCAAGGCAAAGACCGGUCUUCAAAGCUAUCCACCGAACCUACGCCAGGCCCCAGCGAGGAGGAGGAAGAGAUUAUUCGAUGCAUCUGUGGCGAAUAUGAGGAAGAGGAAGACAUUGAACGGGACAUGAUCUGCUGCGACCGUUGCUUAGCCUGGCAGCAUAAUGAUUGCAUGGGCUUGUCAUUCGACAAAGGCGCGCCCCCUGACGAAUACUAUUGCGAGCAGUGCAAGCCCGAGGACCACAAAGCUCUUCUGGAAAAGAUGAACCGUGGAGAGAGGCCUUGGGAAGAAGUUGCACAGCGUCGACAGCGAGAGAUCGAGGAAAAGAGGGCCGCCAAACGGAAGAAGGGAAAGAAGGGCAAGCGAGGUGGUGCCAGGCCAAGUGAUGUCAAGUCACAACAGAGUGCGCCGUCAACUCCUGCACCAGGUCCGACUUCGCCGAGCCCUACUAAGGAGAAUUCUGUUACAGCGACAUCACAGACAGCUACCGAAGACCAUAAGAGCCCGGCACCAGCCUUGGCCUCGGGGGCCGGUGAAUCAAAGCCCCCUAGCACGCAGAAACGGAAGUUCGAAGACCAAAAAGAACCCUCUACGCCUGAUGUGGGCCCCAAGUCAAAACAACAGAAGCUUUCAGAGCCAAAUAAGCUUGUCGAGAAGGCGAAGAAAUCUUCACCAGCCCACUCUCGGAAAACCAGUUCUGCUGAACCCAACUCUCGCAAAGCUUCGGUUGUAGAAAAAGGGUCUGUGGAUGUUGUUGAGAAACCAGAGGACAUUGACAGCGAGCCUCGCAAGAAGGUUGCCAUCCAUUUGGUGAAUCUUUUCUUAGACCAAGUCGCCGUGGCUCAGAAACAAGGUGCUUAUAAGCUACCAGCCGACAAGCAAGCAGAGGAUAUCGCGCGGCCAAUCGGCCUUGCGAUUGAGCAUGCUAUGUACGUGAAUAUAUGCGGCGGAUCUGGCGACCCCAAUGACGUCUACAGGAACCAGCUGCGAACAAUCAUGUUCAACGUCAAGAAGAAUUCUGUUUUACGUGAUCGUUUACUCACUGGCAGCCUUGCCCCCGGCGUUCUUGCUACUAUGAGCUCCCAGGACAUGGCUAGUGCAGAACAACAGCAGAAGGAUGCCGAAAUCAAACGGGAGGCCGAAAAACAACACAUCAUUAUGCAAGAGCAAGGUCCACGGAUCAGACGUACACACAAGGGCGAGGAGGUCAUUGAAGGGGAUGGCCAGGCUGGUACGUCGGAAUCGAUCUUUUCAUCGACGGCUGUUCAUCGUGCUGCCGCCGACGUUGAAAACCCCAGCCCUCAGAGCCCGUCUGCACCAGGCUUCGUGAACCCCAACUCUAGGCAUUCACAGGAGUUCAAUGCCGACGGAAAAGGAAACGGAGCGAAUGGUGAUAUUGGUCGUUCUCAUUCUCCAGGAGCGACAAACCAAGACCACAUGUUCCCGGAGGUUUCACCGCAACUGCACCACCCACCACCCCCUGGUGGCAAAGUCCAGGCCGACAAGGAGAUUGACGAUCUUCUUAAGGAUGAAGGAACGGAAUCUCCACCUUAUUCCCCUAAGGAUUUCGAAGGCAGUGAUAUCUGGCGCGGAAGAGUGUCUAUGAACUCCCUUGCUGACUUUGGCUCGACUGCCAAGCAUGUUGCAGGCGCCGAUUUGAGUGGCAAAAUCCCGUGGAACGAGCUGAUACCGUCAAAUCUCGUAAUAGAUGGGCGCAUUUCUAUUGAGCUUGCCAGCAAAUAUCUCUGUGGAUUGAGAUUCAGCAACUCGACCGAUGUAUCGGUGGUGGCAAUUCCAGCCCCGGAUUCCCCGGCUGAACGAGCGGAAUUCGGUAAACUUUUCAGUUACUUCACUGAUCGCAAAAGGUAUGGUGUCGUUGGCCAGCAUCCCAUUGCAGCCGUGAAAGACACAUAUCUCAUCCCCAUCGAGGCUGGAGCGAGCCAGAAACCGGAGUUUCUUCAACUCCUUGAGAACAAUUCGAUUGAGGAUCCAACGCCUGAUCAAAUGUUUCUCGUUGUUUUCGUUGUUAAGAGCGAUGACCACCCACCGUCUGAACAAGCUACGCCUUACCAUGCUAGCCCAUUGAAUUCAACCCCCUUUACACAGCAGCAUGGCCAGUACGCUUCUCCUUCGCCAGCACUGCGGCAGGUUUCGCAGGCACCGACUCCGGUGACCGGACCAGCACCUGAUCCCUCAAUUGCCAACGCCAGUCCCUUAUCCCACGCUCUCUCUCAACAGGGGCACAGCAAUGCAUAUCAAGUACAGCAGCAGCAGCAAGCUCAUGGCCAGCCACAGCAAGUGCCCUUGACCGGGGCUGCAGCUGCAGCUUAUGUUCUCGGACCCCAGGCAAAAUCGCCGGCGAUUGAGGAGCUUCUACAGAAGGCUCCCUCGGCAGAUGUUGCACAAUUGAACAUAGUUCGAGAGAUAAUCGCAAAGAAUCCCUCUGCUGCCAAUGAUUAUGCCUCGUUGAUGACUGCUAUCCAGCAAUACACGUCGCCUGGUCAAAAUGGCCAGCUAGGACACUAA